GGCGACCCGAGCUGCAGCCAAUCAGGAGCUACGAGAGCGCCUGUUGGUCCGCCUCCUCUACAGGGUCUCCAGUCUCAUCAACCACAGGUUCGGAGCUCACAUGGACGCUGUUUGCUCCCGUCCGGACUUCCCGGGUCGCCUGUGUCGUCACUUCCUGUCUGACGGUGACUCCGCCCCCAGGCUGAAUCAGAGCCCGUUGUCGCGGCGAUGGUCAGAGCGUCCGAAGCGUCCGAGGCUGAGCCUGCGUCGGCUCGCCAGCUUCAGGACCCUGAUGGUUCUCCUGCUGAUCUACGGCCUGGGAGCCAUUCUGUCCUUCAGCCCCGUCUCCAGCUCCAUCAUCAUCCUCACCGGGGGCUUCCUGUACGGACUGGUGCUCACACUGCUCCAAGACAAACUGAAAACACACUGACACACACACACACAUUAACAGACUCACACUAGACACAGACACACACACACACACACACACACACACACACACACACACACACACAUGAAAACCGUUUAAAGUCCAGAGGGAAGUCAUCAAUUCUCUUGUUUUUCUAACCAAGUCUAAAAUCCUUAAAAUAUUCAUGUCUUAUAAUG